AAUUAUUUAUAUAUAUUUUUUUGCGCCGAUCGGGAGAGGUUGAUUUUUUUGGGGGGGGGAGGGUCGGGGGGGAGAAGAUGCAAUGAGGCUCCCCCGGACUGGGUGAUUUUUUUGCUGCUUGCCUCCUCCUCCUCCCCCCAACCUCCCCCCGGUCUCGGCUGGUUCGAUCUCCAGUUGCUGCAUGCGGGGCUGUGCCUUGUGCCCGCUCCCGGAGCCGCCGUGGCGCACCUCCAUCGGGCCCAGCAGCCGACGGCCUUGGGAGGAGGGGGGGGGGGGCAGGCAUUUUUUUAGAGUAUUCAUCCCAUUUUUCAAGCUAGGUGCAUUUCUUUUCUUUUUCUCCUUCCCUUCCACCUUUGUCUUAGGGAAAUACAACAAAUAAUUAGAUAUCUAUACAAUAACAACCCACCUACCCCCAAACCCCCCCCACAGCGGGCAGCCCGAGCCGCCCGGUACGGGGCAGUGCGGGUGUGAGCGCGGGGGGCGCCCCGCCGCCCCACCGCCCCCCGCCGCAACGCAGCGCGAUGCGCUCCGGGCUCCGCGCUGCGCAAUAGCGCGGCCGCCGCUCGCAGAAAGCGGGCUGGGGGCGGCCGGAACCCACCGCUACCGAUACCCAGUUGAUGUCCAUGAAUGCAAACACCAUGAUUUUCAUGAUCCUGGGAGCCUCUAUCGUUAUGAGUUGACCAGAUGCCUUGGUUAUGGGCUCUUACAGGCAAUAGCUUGCUUGAUGGACAUGAAUGCGUUGCUGGACAGAUUUCACAAUUACAUCCUACCGCAUCUGAGAGGGGAAGACCGAGUUUGUCACUGCAACUGUGGCAGGCACCACGUCCAUUACGUCAUUCCAUAUGACGGGGAUCAGUCCGUGGUGGACUCCUCGGAAAACUACUUUGUGACUGACAAUGUAACCAAGCAAGAGAUCGAUCUGAUGCUGGGACUGUUGCUGGGUUUUUGUAUCAGCUGGUUUCUGGUGUGGAUGGAUGGGGUUCUCCACUACGCUGUGCGAGCCUGGAGAACCAGCCGGCGGUACGACAAUUCCUGGUCUUGGAUUCCAAAGUUUUGUAACUUAAAGGAGUUCAGAAAACGUCACCACAGGCAGUACGAGGAGGCGACCGGGAACAUGGUGCACAUCAAACAGAAGCUGUACCAUAACGGGCAUCCCAGCCCGCGGCACCUCUAAGGAACUUCCUUCCCCUCCAGAGACUGCAGUGAGGUUUUAAAGAGGACUUUGCUCUUCUUCCAGGGGAACAGCUCUAAGUUUGCUCCUCACUGGAAGCCAGCGAGGACAUCAUUUUAUUUCUCCAUCCCGUGUGUCCCCCCGUGGCACACCACGAUGCACAACUAAGCCAGUCCUGGAUGCUACGCAGCCAAGACAUUGCACUGUGUUCCACGUUUUAUUGUCAGACUUGUGUACAUAUGUAAAAAGGAAAAAAAAGCAGACAAAAACAAACCAAAACGAAACGAGAAAAAAGAGAUUUGCAUUAUACUUUCAACCUGGCAUUCACGGCUGUCCUGCACAUCCAGCUGCCCUGCAGGGAAUGUUGCCCCAGGGUAUGGAGGUGGAAGUACAUGAAGAAGAUGCAGUUUCUCAUCCGAGUGCUAGAAGUCCCCCAUUUCUUUGGUCCUUUGGUUUGGUUUUGCUCUUCUCUGUUCCUUCUGUUGUUAGAAUGGUACCAGGUUUGGACAGGGGCUGCUGCCAGUUAGAUGGGAGGGCGGCUUCCCUUUGCUUUGGUUCAUGUUUUUGGGCAUUGCUGUGGGGGAAGGAACGUGUGAUGGGUUUGUUCUUCGUGUUGCUGCACACUGAAACCUGCCUUAAGCAAGAUGCAAAAUCUUCCUAGCAGGGCAGCAGCUCUGUGAGGGAUCAGCCCAUGCAAUGGGGCUGGUGCUGUUGCUCCUUGCUGCUGUUAGAGAGGGUGGAGAAGUGGAUGGGGCUGAGAGGCAUUAAACCUGGUUUGUGCCCUCAUCCAUGUGCCAUGUGGAGCACUGCAGCAAGCUGGGCUUGGCCUGAGGCUCAUGGGCCUAAAGCCAAACUCACCUCCCAAAGCAGAUGUGCCAGGAAGGGCUGAAGUCAAAGCAAUGGAUGCUCCUGUGGGGUUUUUGGUUUUGCUUCUGCUGGGCACAGCUUAGGUGUGGGUUUCAGUGUUGCUAUGGUGUGUCUGAAGCCCCACUCUGCACCCGGAGACCUUCAUGUCCUGGAGAGCAGCUGGGAGCGAUGCUGGUGGGCAGGGAUGUGCUGGGCUGGGAGCUUUGUUGUGUGCCAGGGAGGAGCUGGAGCUGAGAACCAAAGGUGGUGGCCCCACAGCUGCCAUUUCUCCUUCAUUCCUCCUUUCAUGGUGAGCAGGCUUGUGUUUAUAUGGGAAAAUGUCCAGAACUAAAGGAUGCUGAGCGCUAGAGGACUGCUGCUUUCUUCUGUGGGUUCCUUGACUCUGUCAAUGGCCUCCUGUUGUUUGGUUGUAAUGUCAGAGAAGGGAUAAGGGCGUCAUGACCCCCAGCUCUUCUCCUCCCUAUCCCAGCUUCUCCACAUCACCUUUUGGUUGCUUCCUAUGCCAAGAACCUGUUCUGUUAUUUAUGAGCCCUCAAAGGCAGCCAAAGGCCAACCACAGCUACUCUCCCCAGUUCCUACCUUUGCUGUCCCAUAGCGCCUCUUGUCUUGGAGUCCCAGUUUCUGUCAGGGCCCUGAUAGUUGCCCAGUCUGUAUUUGUGUCUGUCUGCUUGACUGUCUGUCAUUAGGACUUCUGCGAUGCCCUCAGCCCCUUGUUAGCAUCUGGGGAGUGACUUUUCCUUUCCAAGACACGAGGCUUUGCAGCUUCCUUUGUGUGCUUGCCCAUAGGGACACAGCCUAUGGGGACAGAAGAUGCCCAUCUCCAUGGGCCCAUGAGGUUGAGCUGUAGCAGAGAACAGGUGGGGACCAUUCAGCUCUGAGUUGAAGAUGGGGUGAUAUUUUGCAAGGGAGAAAGUUUCACUGAGAUGAGGACAAACGUUGAGUUUGUUAUGGGGGAUAAUAAGAUAGAAUAAAGAAACAGACCACCUUAGAAUUAAACAUAUUGGCUUUGCUCUUCUCUGGAAUCUGGUUGUGAACCUUGCAGCAGGAGAGAGUGAGGUGGCAGCUCAUGUGGAUCAUCAGAUCCACAGUGGGAUUUCAGAAGUCUGUUAGGCUCUAGAAGACAUAAACCAGUCCUGCAUGGUGCACAUCUCCCUGCUUUAAGAACAGAAGGUUUCCUAAUCUGCCGUGGCUGCAGCAAUCAGCACGUGAGCUUUGUUUGGUUUACACUCAGUCAGAAAAUAAAACGAACAAGAAAAUACUCUCAGUGCAAUUAAAUUCACUGGGAAUAAUUCUCUGCUCCUGAAGCCAUGGGAAGCAGCCCCUUCUCUUGCAGAGCAGGACACAUAAAGCCAGCAGGGCUUUAUGCCCUAUUGGUUCUUAUCCUUUAUAAACAAGGGAUAAAACUCAUUUCCAAGCAGCAAGGCCACUAUCCAAGGGACGUGGUCUGUGCAAGGGCAAUGCCAGGCAAGCUCAACAGUUUGACUGGGUGAUCCUAGGGGUUUUAUUCCAACCUCAGUGUGAGAAAGCUCCGUGUUCCUGGGCUCAGCUGGCUCCUUUGGAGCUCCUAUAGAUGUGACCCUAUGGGACGUGCCCAUUGCUCCAUGCUUGGGGUGAGUGUUCCCAGCACUGCGGUUGCUUGUUGCUCUGUCCCAUUGAGGCUGCUGCUGUUUGGCCACGUGAAGUCUGCUGUUGCUCUGUCUUCUUUCCCCGUGCAUGUGUGCGUUUUGCUUCCGUCUGGGUGUGGGGGUGUUUUCUCCUCGUUCAUUGUCUGAGAUGUUACUACUGUUGACUUGUUUGUUGUUCUCUGAUCCAGUCUUCCCCCCCCAAAAACAACAAAGGAAAACAACCCAAAACCAACCAACAAAAUCAAACCAGACCACAACAACCCAAAACCCAGCGACAGCCCCAUAUGAAAAGGGUCUGGGUGGGGAGAAAAGUGGCAGGGUCAGGGCAUUGCAGAAUAGAUGCUGCGGGGUGCAGAGCUGGACAAGGAGUGGGAGUGUGCUCUGUGUCCCAGCGCUCGGCCACCAGAUGCUCCGAGGGAGGUUCCUGCAGCAUUUGGUGGUGGAGGAACGUUGUGCUGCUUCAGGAAGGGGUUAUUUUUAGAGCAGAGACAGCGCUGCAAACUGUGCGUGCUGAUCCUCCAGAGCUGGGAUUGGUGCUGGAAAAGUCCUCCCUGAGAGCAGCACAUCGAACCCAGCCUGUGCCAGCCCUCCUCUGUUCCUACAGCGUCCCUUCUUUGUAGGAGAGCUGUGUGCUAAUGAAGGCCAUCUCAUCCAGUUGCUUCCUAUCUGGAAUCACUGUGGCCAAGCGCUGUAGGAGGCCCAGAAGGGAUCCCAGACCCACUUCCCAGGCUUCACACCAUGGCACAGUGGUCUUGGUGGCUCUCGCUUCUGUUCUCUACCUCAUUUUCCAGUUGCACGCAGCUGGGAGAAGAGAAUACCCAGUCCCAAAGGAUUCUAAAGAGCUGCUGAGAUGGUGAAGGGAGCAGAGCAUCUCCCAGGAGAAGGGAAGGCUUGUAGGGGGAUUUCACCCAUCUGUAUGAGUAACCUUGAAGGGAGGGAGCAAAGAGGACAGAGCCAGGCUCAUUCCAGCAGUGCCCAGGGAUGGGAGACAGGCAAUGGGCACAAACUGGAGCAUCAGGAAGCACUUUGUGCAUGGUGUAGGUGUGGAGUGUUGGUACGGAUUACCCAGAGGUUGUGGAAUCUCUUUGGAGAGAGAAUGAUGAGGUCACCCCACCCCAGGCAGCACUGCUUGAGCUGGACCCAUAGGUCCCCCCUAACCUCAACCAUGUAGAGAUUCUGCAAAGCACAAAUCUGUGCAGAGGGUGAUGAGGAGCUGAAGCUUCAUGAGCCACUAUAUCAGACUGUGGGAGGUAUGUGCAAACAGCAGGAGCCCUCACUUACCUUGGGUUCCAUCUCGGAGGGCACAGGCAGGAGAGCCCUGGGGCAGUCCCGCUCUAAUGCCACCCCCCCACUUGUAUGGUGGGAGAGCUUCAAAUGCAGAAACAACCAACAGAAGCUCCCAGAGCAUCUCUAGAGGUGAAGGACCAGAAGUUCUUCCAUUAUUCAUGCAUUCAGCAAAAGUAGAAAGAACUUUGGACCAGAAUGCAUUCACCCCGAGUCCGCUGGUGGAGCAGAUGUGAUAGGGCUGCACACAGGGGAGCAGGGCAGGGCAGCACAGGAGGAAUCUCCUGGGAUUGCUCUGCAGUGAAGACACAACAGAAAGCAGACCCCAGGGUGAUGCUUUCCCUGAUCAUUAAUCCUUUCUUUCUUUCUUUCUGCAUUCAAACCCUUUCUGCAUGCAUCAGACAGGAGAGGUACAACUCGAUAACAACAGAGGGAGAGAUUAUUCUCCAAGCCCAGAGCAGUCCCUACUGUGGUUGAAAAGCAAUAAUGGCCAGUUUUCUAUUAAGCACACCUGCCCGUGCAGAUGGCAUUAGGGCUGCUGUGCCCGAGCUGAGGGACGUCCCGGAGCACGUGGUGGGGGAGGCAGCAGGAAAAGCACACUGUGAUUUUAUUUGGGUCAACGAGAGAGCUUAAUUCAGCCAUUCCUUCCCUUCCAGUGAUAUGUUUGUACAGUAGGUAACCAGUUCUGCUCCUGAAACCAAGCCCACCCUUUGCUGUUUGUCAGUAAAAUAUUCUUUUUUGCA